CACCUACAACAUGACACUGUUUUUGCCAGUACACAAUCAAAAAUAGUAAAAGAAGAUCAUUGUGCAGAUCAGAAUAUCAAUAAAAGUACCAAUGAGCAGUUUAACUCUCCGACUCUUUCAGAAGAUCAGUUUGAAGGUAUACAUGUUGUCGAAAAAAAGUUAUUUCAAUUUAAAAAUGAUGUUCCACAAUUACUCAACUGGGAAGAAUAUGGUUUGAGGAUAACAGUACCAGAAGGAGCUGUUCCAACUUCUCAAACCAUUGAAGUAUCCAUUACUGCUCUUGUUGGUGGAAAGUUUAUAUUACCAGAGGAUUCUGAGCUAGUCAGUGUUGUGUACACUAUAACUGUCUCCAAGCCACUACUGAAACCAGUUCUGCUAGAGAUACAGCAUUGUGUUUCAAUUGAAACACAUUCUCAUGCUAGUUACCUCAGCUUUGUUACUUCCUCUAGUGGCUGCUGUCCUUUUAAAUUUCAACCAGUUGAUGAAGGAAGUUUUCCAGUUGGUUCUCGAUAUGGCAGUAUACUCAUCUCUGAAUUUUCUUCAUGGGCCAUUGUCCAAACCAUUAAGGGCUGGUUUAAAAAAUUGCGCCACUCAAGACAGAGUGUAUCUCCUCAAUCUAUGGAAGAUGAGAAUCCUUUCAUACAAGGCAUGAUUUGUAAUCACCUGAUUUUACAUUCUUUUUAA